AUGAAGGUCGCUCUAGCCUCAGACGAGCCUGCUUUUUACAUACCCGCCAACUUCCCCUGGCCUCUGCGCUUCAAGUUGCAGGCUGACGCCGCCAGAAGCGCACCGUGCAAGUAUGAGGAGAUGACGAGUGCUCUCCCUGGCCUCUGCGCUUCAAGUUCCAAGCUGACGCCGCCAGUGCACCACGUGGGAGGCUCUCCUGACAUGUCAGAUGAGCUGCUCAAGGUGCUCUGGUGGCGAAGCCAAUCCGUUCGCUUCUUCCUGCGCUCGCCCACGGCCUAUCUCUGUCAUCUCACCAACGCUGCCCGCCACCACACGUACGGCUUCAGAGUCGCGCUCUCUCUCACAGCUGCUGCUGCUGCCAAAUCUGCUGCUCUUGAGACGCUUCAGGGGAGCAGCAGCAGCGGUGGGAAUGGUGGUGGGGGUGGGGGAAACGGUGGUUUGGGGAUGGAUGAAGCAUGGUUGGGAGCUUUGGCUGAUGUGGAUGGGGGGGGGGAGGUGUUAUCCUGGGCGGGGUUAUCUGAGGAGCCGUACCUGCCGCGGCCGAUAGUGAGUGUGCAUGUGAGGCAGGGCGACAAGGCUGGGGAGAUGCGGCUGCUGCCGCUGCGGGCGUUUGUGGCAGCGGCGCAGCACAUGAGGCGGAAUGCACCGAACCUGAACCACAUCUGGCUCAGUACUGAGAUGCAGAGUGUGGUUGAGGAGGCAAAGGAGCAGCAUCGGGAUUGGACUUUCCUCUUCACACAGAACCCAAGGCAGGAGGGGACAAUGACCAUGCAUGAGUACGAGGCUGCUGUGGGUGCAGAUGUGCUGGUGGGACUCAGUUUUGUCAACCUCAUUAUAGCGUCGCAGUGCGACUAUUUCGUUGGUACACUUGGGUCGAAUUGGAAUCGGCUAAUAGAUGAACUUAGGUGUACUAAUGGACGGUUGUUUAGCGGGUACUUGGCAUUGAACCACGGUCAGUGGAGAUAA